AUGAAGCGAGAGGGAUUUUGCCUGCAGUCAAUCGAGCGUCGAUGGAUCCCGGAAAUAGGAACCAGUCGAUACAAUUUUUCGCUGAAUCGUCUUCUUUUUCAUAGUUUUAAAUGGUCGCUUUUUUUGUUGAAUUGUUUUUUUGAAAUGGUUUGGAGGAACAGUUUUUUUGUCUUUCCGGUUCUUUGUUGUCGAAUUUCGCGCAGUGGGAGAACAAAAAGCCUCGAAGAAAUGUUAUUUAAAGGAAGUCUUACAGUGGAAACUUCGAAUGAAUUGAAAAAAAGUUUGUCCCGUGAUCAAAGUGAUUCGCGGAAUUCAGAAUGGCUGUCAGAGAGUGAAAUAACUAAAAAUUUGGAGAGUUAGAGAUUGUUUUGCAUUUAUCUGAAAUUACUUUAGACACGGCAAUAUAAUAUUUUCAAAUUCGAUAAUCGUUGAUCCAUAACAGGUGGACCCCUGUCACUUAUGAGUAAGUGACUUAUCAUCGAGAAUCGUGCGAAAAAUAUUUUAUCUCGAUUUGCAUAUUUCUCAAGAAAAAAUCCCUUGCUCUUCCGCUUUGUGGCCACCGCCGUCGGUCUUUUUUGUUUUGCCGCCGGCCCGAAAUGACGUGCUCUGCCAUUUCGCGUACCAGAGCGUUCUGAAAGGAAUCGCGACGGUGGGAGAAAGUCCUUCUUUCCUUCGCCCAAUCGAUAUUUCCAUCAGUUUUGCCCCCUUCGCUCCGUCUUCGACGCUUCCGAUGACCGCCGUCGUGCAGCCCAAAAACGCGGUACUUUCCUUCUCUUUUCUUCAAACGAUCAAGUGAAACGAGAGAUAGAGGAUGAGGGACAGACUAAUCGUUUUCUUCAAUGAACCGCAAGUUUUAGAUAAACUGAGAAGUCUGCUCUAGUUUUCACGAAAAAUUCUUUCAGAGUCGCUAUAUUUUAUAAUCCACCAUUCAUAUAAAAAAGCCUGUCUUAUUAAGAAAAAAAAAGUGUUUAAUAUAGAUUAAUUUCACGGCUGUCAUCUGUCUGCAUCUUCCGAAAACCUGUGAAUCAAAAAAAGGCUUUUUUUCGUUGAUAAAAGUUGAAAUUCAAUAAUUAUAUUCAUUUCCAAUGUUCCUAGAUUAUGUAAUACAUAUUUUCACAAGACAUUUGAAAAAUUUUUUUGAUUUUAGUGAUUUCAAAGUAUUAUUCCAAUCAAAAAAACAAUUUUUGUUUUUUUGAAAAAUUUUUUUGACCAUUUAAAAAAACACCUCUAGUGAGUUUUUGCACUUUGAAUAUCCAAUUGGAGUUUGAACGAAACAUUUUCAAUAACUUUCUUUGCCGGAAAACCGAAAACGUCUUUAUUCUUGACCAUCUUUUCCUUAGUGGCUGCGUCGCGUAGUGCCCCAGCUGUUGCUUUUGUUGUCGUUGUUCGUCUACCACCUCCUGGGAGCUGUCACCUACCGCUGCCUGGACGAACAAAUUGCCAAUAUUACCUUCUCCGAAGUCCUCUUCUUCCAAUUCGUCACACUUACAACCAUCGGUAUUGCUCUUCCGAAGCUCUUUGGACUCUGAGAUUCAGGCUAUGGCGACGUGGCUCCAACUACUGACGCCGCUCGCGUCUUCACUAUCGCCUUCUCCAUCAUCGGAAUCCCGCUUACCAUGCUUCUCAUUGCCAACUUUGGCAAAUUCGUCAACAAAGCCUAUUGGAUGAUCAAAAUGUCUAAUGACCCGGUGAGCAAUUCCGUAUCCAGAACUUUUACAGUCAAUUUUUGGAUGAUUGACAAGGAUGAAGCGUUGCGUUAGCGACUCGGUUCUUGGCGGGGGACUCGAAGUCGAAAGUAAUCAUGAAAAAGGGAAAAUAUCUUUUUAAAAUCAUAUUUAUAGUUUUAUUCGUUAAAACAAAUCUGUCAAAAAAGGGAAAAAAGGCGGCUCGCGUUAGACCACAAGUUCCCCGUCAAAAGCCGCGUCGCGUACGCAACGCUUCACAUUUGUCGAUCUACCCAUCUCUAAGUUAUGACAAAUUUCUCGUUAGUUGAGAAUAUGAGCUAGAGAAUGUCUGAAAUUCACCUGGUUCAGAAAAUCGCUCGGUCGAAACUGGCGAGCGACGCGGACAUGCCCAUCAAAACCAUCCUGAUUUUGUACCUCUGUACUCUCAUUGUAGGCUCUCUGGCCGUCCCUCACAAUGGCCAUCGUUACACCAUCGACGACGUCUACUUCAGGUGCCUUCCCAUGAUUAAUUGCUCGUAUUUCGAACCAUCUUCUCAGCUUCAUCAGUUUCGCCACUGUCGGCCUCGGGGACAAACUGCCUGAGCUGAAAAGCAAAGUUCAGUCGGUUUUCACGUGUCUCUACCUCACCUGGGGAAUCAUGCUUGCGACAGCCCUUGUCACUGCUCUCAACAGGAAGUUCAGCACGGUCGGUUGUCCAAAGAGUAUUUGAGUAGAAAAUUGGAAACUCAGAGGCCGUAUGCAAUAAAGUAGAAAAUGGUUUUCCGCCGUUCCUUCGAAAAUAGAAAGACCUGAAAAUCGCUAUCAAUUAAUUGAUUUCGACUUUUUCUUAUGUUAUAUAUGAGAAGAUUUAGAUACGGAAGAACACAAUUGAUUCAUUUUAGAGUUUUAGAAAAGUCGCGGAGAAUCAUUUCCCACUUUUUUUCAUACGGCCUCAGGCUCGCCUACGCCUUCUUUUUAUAGCCCUAUGAAUGAAGUAUUAUUUAAAAUAUAAGAAAUAGGCUCUCUAUGUUUACAAAAAUGGUUUUGAGCGGUGUUUUCGUGUUAUAAAGCGGAAAAGGCAGUUUUAAUUUAUCCUUUUUGCAUAAUUUUUUUCUAUGAAUUUUUGAAAUAUUUCUGAAAUAUUUGUUCUUCGCUUACAGACGGAAUUCUUUGGCUUAGGAGGCGCUUCUUUCCACUUUUUUUUUCGGUUCGGAUCACUUUUUCCAGAUUGAAGAGUUUCGAUAUCGAAAAAGCAAACCUAGCUCAAUUAAUUCAAUCUGAAGAAAAAACACUACUUUUUUAAAGCACUUUCGACGACAACUGUUAAAAAAAAACAAAGGUGUAUUUUUGAAAUUGAUAAAUUAACAGCACGAAAAGUUUUAGAUACAUUACCUGGGACGGAGAUUCAAAGCCUGUGACGUCAACGUAUGGAUGGGCGACCACUGCUUCACCGUCAGCCGUCUCGUCAGCAUCGUCGCCCAAGAAUUCGAUGUCAGUCCCACUUCUGGAGUACCUUCAAACAUCUCACAUUGCAGGCACCACCCAAGGAGGUUCGGAAAAUGCUCCAGGAACUGGACCAAUUGAUUGGAGAGGCCACAUUGCGCAAGCAGAUGAGCGAAGAACUCGCUCCUCUGGCAAAAAUCGACGAAGGCUUCGACGAGGUCUAACCGUCCAUUUCCCGAAACAACUUUGCAUAUUAUCUUUUCAAAAUGUAUUGACUGUGUUAAUAAUUUUGAAUAAAUCGGAGAAUAGCUUUGCAAUAACUUUAGAAAUGAAAUAAAGUAACGCAAGAAAAAAAAAUAGUUGGAACGAGCGAGCUACGCGUUGCAGUCAUUUCAUUUCUGGGGGUUCUUCAGCUGUCGUCGUCUUUCGGACUCUCCGCAGCCUCUGUCGUCGUCUCGAGAGUGAGUCAAGCCUUUUGGACAACUCCAGUCGGAUCUCUACAGUUCAAGUCAAACAACUGCUCGACGGGUCAAUCACCAACUAGAUUCUGAACAUUUUUCAACCAAAUCGCUUCUACAAGCCGAAUUCUAAUUAAAAGUGUGAAUUAUUUCAAUCAGUAAUCCUGUACGCGACCAAAUUUCAAGAAAAAAUGAGGUCCUCGACGGCAAAACUGAAACAAAAACCUUUCAGCUCAAAAUUUUUUUAUUCAACAAAACUGAAAUUCUGAAGAUGAAUCGGCGCGACUCGUUGGUCUCUACGCCAGGAGCCCCGGCGCAAAACCUUCAGACGACGUCGAUUCCUUGGCCUCACGGCGCCGUAGGAGACAGCCGUCCACACAGUCACCACAGUCACGUUGAAGGUUUUUUUUAAAACUUCGUCUUAAUUUUCAAAAGUGAGUUUAUACGUGCUUAUUUUGUUUCUUGCAGAAAUUUCCUCAAAACUCGGAACCUUGUCGCAUCGUAGUCCUCUCCGUCCGGUGGUUGUUUCAAAGGGGCAAAAGCUCUAAUAUUAUCGGCGUGUUUAGAACCCGAACAUUUCGCGAGCCUCAAGCAGAACAGACUCGCCAACGGUCCCUCCGAGGAACCUCUACCAGACGCCCACCACGCCGCUUCAACCUUUCGACGUGCGAAAUCUCUUCUUGGUCCACCCUAAUCUCAGUUUCCAGAACUGUCGCAGCGCACAGCCAGCCGCCCCAAGCCCUCUUUUCGGACGCUCCUCUCACCAACAUCACCACCAUCGUCAUCAUCAACAGCCAUCGUCACAGCAUGUCCGGACUCCUUGCGGCGCUCCGCGGCUGCCUAAGCGUCAUAUCGCCCUCUACACUGAAGCGUUUUUGCGUCGCAGCAUCGAGGUGAAGAGCGACAAGAAGCUCGGCAACGGCAAGUACAGCAAGGUGUAUCCAGCCAGAGACCUCACAACAGGGCGUAUGGUUCGUAGGAUCUUCUGAUAAAAGACUUUCUGUGAAAUAUUUUUUUCAACAAGUUACUUAUUUCACCAAACUUUUCGAAAAUGACUUCAAAGUUUUCGAGUAUCUGAUCACUGUGUUCUCUCGCCGGCGAGGUAAGUGAAACAUGGAAAUGACACGUCAACUUGAGAGAGUCGCCGAGAGACAAGGAGGGCGCAGGGAAGUUCGCCCUUUCAAGUCGCGAAAAACGGACUAUACAACAAAUAUGAAAUGUUCCUUGUCCAAGAAAGCAAUUUUUGAUGUACUUCAACCUAAGCGCAGCUUUUUGGACUUGAGUUUUUUAUCUUAACGCAUCACAGAGUAUUUUGUCAAACUUCCAGAGAAGUCUCGAUUAUAAUUUCUAUUUCGAUUUUCAAUUUUGUUGGACCGCUUUUGAAAAAAGCUAAUAAAACAGUAUGAAGAAAUGUUCUUCUAAACGUUUUUUGCUUGUUUGUAAGUUCGAAAAAUUUCAGCUCGCGAUCAAGGCGAUCGACAUGACAGAACUGAGCGAGGAGGUCCGACGCAAGUUUCUUCCGAGGGAGAUCGAGUGUUGGAAGUCGUUGCGGCACAAGUUCGUCUGAGUUCCCUCCGAAUCUCAGAAACAAUCUGCUCAGGAGUAUCGUCACGAUGCAUGCCCAGUAUGAGUCGCCUCACAUGAUUUUUCUCGUCAUGGAGUACGGCACUUCCGGAGAUUUGGUGGGUAAUAAGAACAGUACGAGAAAACUCCGAGAUUUGACAAAUGCUGCGCUCAAAACAUCUUUUUGACCGUAAAGUUCCACUUUGAAGCUAGAAAUGGUCUGAAAAUUCUGACAUGUUGCUAAUUUAUUUUAUCGCAUCAAUAAGCCCAAUAAGGUGAACUUUCUGACUAAUACAAAUUUUCAGCAGUAGAUAAUAUAUUCGAAAACAGUGAAAGAUGAAAAAACAAACGAUGAAAUCCUUUCACAGUAAUAAUUAUUUUCAGAAAUUUUCCCCUCCUAAGAAGUUUUUUUAAUUCCUAUUUUCUUUAUUGAAAAUUAGCUGCUUCUUUCUUAUUUUUAUUAUUACAUAAAAAUUUUGUAUCGCAACUAUAGUCUGUUCAGAUUUUUUUAAUGUCAAGCAGCUAACUCCGCCCCCAAGGCUACAAUAUCUUUCGCGUCAAUUUUUUAUCUACAGAUGACGAUGUCCCUUUAAUAAGGCUGCAUUUUUUUGACUUCUUUUUUUCUAUCUUUUUAGAUCAAAAAAAGAUCAAAAUUAGUCUCGCGCGAUAAAAACAUCGACGCGAAAAAGGUACCUUCUCAGCGGGGGCGGAGUUAGCUGGUUGACAUUAAAAAUCUGAACAGACUAUAACUCACUCCGGCUUAAACUCCUUUUUUCACGCAGUGGAGCGGUUAGAAAAAAAAUUAUUUAAAAAGAAAAAAUAAGUUUACAGUGAACUUUUUGAGUUAGGAUGAAAUUAUUUCGAAUUCGAAAAAAACUUGUUAUAGUCCGUUUAGAUUUUGAAUGUCAAGUAGGAUGACGUCAUUCGAAAACGCUCUGUGGAUGGCUCGCUCUCCAAUUGGUUUAUCACGCCAUUAGAGGGCGGAGCUUGAGCGAGGACUUGACAUUUGAAAUCUGAACAGACUAUAUCGCAUACUGUGAACUGGAGCGCCUAAGCCUAAAGGUCUUAUUUGACAAUUCUUUUGUGGGCGAGACGUAGCUCUGGAAACGCCAUAGUUAUCGCACUUACUCUUUUGUCAAUUAUUGUGUUCUUCAUGUCUACUAGAUUUGAGGUCCUUAGAGUCAUUAGUUUCCUGAAAGUAACAUAAAUCACACUUUUUAAGACAGUGCUACGGCGGUCGAUAAAUUUUGCGCUGACAGUUUUGGAGUCACAAAAUUCUUUUAAAUGUUUUUCUUACUUGUAGCUCGUUAAGGACCUAUUUCUUGUGGUUACAAGAUAAUAUACGUCAUAAAAAGUACACAAGUAUCCAUUUUAUUACUGAAAAGCCUAUCUUAACUACCGUAAUACGGCCGGCCACCUCAAAAAGGCGUGAAAGAGGUUACGAAUAAAUAUUUGAUAAGUUAACGUCAAUGAGAGCGCCAACUAUGUUUUGAAUUUGCGUCUUUCAUUAUAAAAACGGUGUGGAAAUUUUUUUUUGAUCAUUCGGUUUCAGCUUUCGUAUGUGCAAAAAUUUGGAGCACUAUGUGAGUCGAAGGCUGGCCUGUUCUUGUGCCAAAUAAUCGAAGGUCUUAAUUACAUGCACUCAGUAAGGAUCUUCCUGAUUGCUCCUUAUUAUUAUUAUUAUUAUUUUAGAAAGGAAUCGCCCACAGGGAUAUCAAACUCGAGAAUAUCAUCCUUUUCGAAAAGUGUGUCAAGCUGUCUGACUUUGGAUUCGUCACAAAGGUUUUCUGGGGAAUCAAAUAAGUAAUAAGGAGAACUCAGAUGGGAACAUUUCGACCUUCGACGACGUUUUGCGGUUCUAAGGCCUACUCGGCUCCGGAGUUGCUCAUGGGCCAGCCCUACAAUCCGUUUCUUUCAGACAUUUGGUGAGGAGAUCGGGACAAGUGUUUGCAUUUUUGUCCUAGGUCCGUCGGCGUCGUGGGUUUCGUGAUGGCGACAGACGCGAUGCCUUUCGACGAGUCGCUGCCCAACAACAUGAUCGUCGAGCAGCAAAAGUUGGUCGAAAUUCAGAUGUCCAACUUCCGACCUCUUCUCAGGUCACGUUGCUAUCGUCGUUGGUUCCGCGAAUAUUUGGCGCCUUCGCAGAAAAAUCGCGUCGUUCUCCCCCCGCACUGUAUUGAGACUCUCGAACGCAUGCUCAUCUUUGAGGUGAAUUUCAUAAUCUAUUCAUCGCUAACGUGAGAAGGAUAAGCAUGAUUAAGAAGGAAAAGAAACGGAAUAUCUUCUGAAAAGCCUCAACUUUUUAUUCUAGUUUACUUAGUUAUGCAACUGUGUCUGACUACGAACUUUUUGUCAUUGGAAAAUAAAAAACGGAAAUCUUUUUUUUGGCGCUGACGAUGCACAUUUCUGAGGUGAAAAUUGCAGGUCUGCACUAAAUUUCUCUGGUCUUUUCUCGGUGAGACUAAUCGAAAAAUAAUUUUCUUCUAAGCUAUUUCAAAAAAACUCUCUGAACAAUUCUAAUAAGAACAGCAAAAAAUUGUUUUCUGAACAAAGAUUUUUUUAAUAUAAGGUAAUAUUUAGUUGCAUCUGAAGCUUGUUAUUGCGGGUUUUAAUUUCUUUGAAUAUGUUUAGAAUUUUUGGUGUGUUUUGCUUCAUUGGAACAAUGAAGAAUCUAUUUUGAUUUUUAUUUAAAGGACAGAAAAGUAACUUUCUCUUGACAGCCAAACGGCCGUCCGACAGUUUCCGAAUGUCUUUCUCUGCCAUGGGUAGCUCCUUACUGCACGGAACCUCAGCCCACUCAUUCUCUCAGGUCCGUUCUUAGAAAAACAACCAUUUAAUGUGUGAAUUCAUUGAAAAUAAUCAACUCAGAAGAAAACUUUUCAUCUUGUUCGCCCCUUCUUGAAACAAUGACUUUUUCUGCGCUCUCUUUCCCCUUUCAGCGGCACUUUCUUGUUUACGAUUAUACUUGAUGUUUCUAUCCCCGUGCUGGUGAGGGAAAGAGAGUGCAGAAAAGCUAGAACGGCUCAGGAAAUGAAGAUUUAGGUAUAUCUUUCCGAGUAUGGUGUUUUUCUGACGCAAGUUUUGUGAUUCCUCAAUGCAGUUGGUUUCAGAGUGACGCCGUCGCCGUCGCCGUCUCAUGCUUGA